AUGUCGCAACACGCAUUGUCCGACCAGCAGGUCGACAAUGAGCUCCGCAAGAUGACGGCGUUUAUCAAGCAAGAAGCCAUGGAAAAGGCGCGCGAGAUUGAAAUCAAGGCCAACGAGGAGUUUGAGAUCGAAAAGUCCAAGCUCGUUCGCCAGGAGACGGAUGCAAUUGACGCCCAGUACGAAAAAAAAUCCAAGCAGGCCACCAUGUCGCAGCAGAUUACACGAUCGACCGUCGCCAACAAGACCCGCCUCAAGGUGCUCGGCGCCCGCCAGGAGUUGCUGGACAGCAUAUACGAGACCACGCGCCAGAAGCUCGCUGAAGGCACCAAGGAUAAGGCCAAGUACCAGAAGACGCUUGCCGGCCUGGUUCUCGAGGGCCUGUACACGAUGAACGAGGCGGACGUGCAGGUGCGCGGCCGCAAAAAGGACGCCGACGUGAUCAAAAAGGCUCUUGAUGACGCCGCCAAGACGUAUAAGAAGCAGGUGGGCAAGGACGUCAAGCUGGCCCUUGAUGAGGAGAACCCCCUCCCAGACGCAAGUGCUGGUGGUGUCAUCAUUGUCGGCUCCAAGGGCAAGAUUGAGAUUGACAACACCCUCGAGACCCGCCUCAAGCUGCUCGAAGUCUCGGCCGCCCCCCGCGUCCGCGAGGCUCUGUUUGGCAAGAAUGCGAACCGCAAGUUCUACGACUAA